AUGCAAGUUCAACAGGUUCGGUUAUAUUCAUCAAAAAAUGGCAAAGAAAAUGCAGUUCCAGAAAUUUCUAUUGACAACAUGUAUCCAGUUCAAGAAGAAAUACAUUCUAUGUCCUAUAAGAAAGUCAUGAGAAAUGUGCCACAGUCAAUUGUAUUGUUAACAAGUGCUAUGUUUCAGACUGAUACCAAUUCUUGGUUAAAGAGAGGUGUUACCUGCAGUUCUCUUUUAAGUGUCUCUCUCAAGCCACCAAUUUUGUCUUUCUGUCUUAACCGACCAAGCCGAAUGCAUGAUUUGCUACUACAGAGUCAACAGUUUGCUAUCAACAUUCUUGGGAAACAUCAGGCUAAACUUGUUGAUCUGUUUUCUAGUCCAGCUCAAGAUGGUCUGGAUCAAUUCUUAGGAAUCCCUCAUCAUGUUUCAAAGGAGGGUCUCCCUGUUCUUUUUGACACUCCUGUAUUACUAUGCAAAACACAUUGUGCACAUAAUGUUGGGGACCACAGUGUUUGGUAUGGAAUGGUCACUGGAACCCUGCAUGAAAAUAAGAUGGUUGAGCCUGUACUUCAUUAUUAUGGAUCAUACCAUGAUAUUGGCGAGAGAAUUCUGACAGUUCCACGGUGUGUGUUUACUCAAGGCCCAGUUAUCUCGCGUCUUCAAAUUGCUUGGCAUUGCAUCAAAAGACAUGGCCUAGAAGGUUCUCUUUAUUGCAUGAAAGAAAGGUUUCAAAAACAGUUCCAAUCCAAAGAGAAAGACUGGCAUGAAACAAUAGCAAUGUUCUACUUGAAAAAAGUGUCCAUAGCUUUGAAGGCUGAACAAAACUCUGAGCAGACAUUUGAAGAAUUUCUCCAGAAAAAUAACAAUUUAGUAAACCUUAAUGAUCAUUUGUUACAUCAUUAUUCAGUAGAAUUAAUAUCAUCACCAGAAGCAAAAGAAAAGUAUGUCCCACCAGACCAGAAGCCUUUCAACAGUUUACAUUGA